UAUCCUGGCCACACAGAACUAAUAUAAGGUAACUAUAAUCCAUACAAUAGAGCAAACAAAUAUCCAAACACGGAGAACAAAUAUCCAAACAUGGAGUACAAAUAUCCAGACAUAAUAUUUUCAAUAUCUUGACAUCACAGAAGUAACAUUAUAGAAGUAAUAUCCAUAUACAACGAAUAAAUAUCCAGACAUAGUAUAACAGAUAUCUCAACUGCACAGAACUAAUAUAAGUGAACUAGCAUCCAUAUAAGGCAGAGAAAUAUCAAGAUGAAGUAAAUAAAUAUCCAGACAUCACAUAACUAAUAUCUGAACAAUCAAUUACAUAACAAUCCACAUCAUAAAUAAGUAGUAUCCCAAGCAUACUAAUUGUUAUCUACUAUGAAAGGAACUAAUGUUUCGGAUCUACAAAUCGAAUCCUAGAUCUCAACCACACAACUAUCCAGAAAAUUGAAAACUGAUAUCCUGGCCGAACAGAACUAAUAUCGGAACACACAUAAAACAUAUCCACAAAACCCAGAAAACAAUGGAACCCAGAUCCAGUCAAAUCCACAAAAUCCACAAACCUCAGGAACUCAAACCCAUAUCCAAUCAAAUCCACAAACCCAGAAAACGUAUCCACAAGCAUGCUAAUUGUUAUCCACUAUGAAAGGAACUAAUGUUUUGGAUCUACAAUUCGAAUCUCAGAUCUCAACCACACAACUAUCCAGACAAUUGAAAACUGAUAUCCUGCCCGAACAUAGCUAAUAUCGAAACGCACACAAAACAUAUUCACAAAACCCAGAAAACAAAGAAACCCAGAUCCAGUCAAAUCCACAAACCCAACAACCCAAACUCAGAUCCAAUCAAAUCCACAAACCCAGAAAACAUAUCCACAAAAUAAAAUAAAAAGCAACCAAGAUCUAGUCAAGUCUAAGUUACCAGAAAACAAAUCCAUCAAACUCAUCCAAAAAAAAACGUAGGAAAAGGAAAACCCAGAUCUAGUCGAAGCUAUGAAAACGAACAUGAGUAUCCAUGACCAAAAGAAAAAAAAAACUCGACUACCUCGGUCAAUGAAGUUGUUCUUUCGUCAACGGCCGCCGUCAACCAACCCCUUCGUUGCCGUUGUUUCGUCGCCGCCGCCGAGUUCGCUGCAAAGCGCCGCCGUCGAGAUCUUUGUCGCCGAGAUCGCCGUCGGCAAGUUCGCCGCACCGCGCGGCCGCUUCUUCUGCGUUCGGGAGAGGAGGAAAGGGAAAAGGAGAGGAAAGGGAGAGAGAAAGGGAGAGAGGGGGGGGGGGGGAAUAAUGUGGCGGAGAACUGAAAAGGGGUAGAGUUUAGUGUAAUUUUGUGGGUUUUUGAAUUUGUGGGCCCAACGGGUCCCACAAGCCGUCGUGGGCUUGGCCCAACAGAUAGAAUCGGCUCUCCUCCCUCACAUUCUGGCGCAUUUUCUCCUCCACCGAUGGAUGGCGGCUUGGCGACGUGGAGACCCAUCCAGCCACAUCAGUAUCUCCUAACAAAAUCCCUUGUUAGUUGUUAGAGCAUCCACAACGGCUUCCAUUUGACAAUCUCAUUAUGACGUGGCUGCUGUCAAUUGCUAUUUCAUGGAUGUAGCAAGUCCUUUCACUAAAUGAAAUUCUCCAUGAAAUUGCAAGUGAGUAGAACGUGGGCCCAAAUCUCACUUUUUGCCUUUUUUUUCAUUUUCAUUUUCUUUUAUAGUUUCAUUCAUAUAGAAGAAGUGUUUAGUUGUAAUAAAAAAAUAGUUGGACCCACAAAAUGAAAUAGAAAGUUAAUUUCAUGGAUGUAGAGAAAAUGAAAUUGAUAUAUAGUGGAAUGAUAAAAAUGGUUGAUGUGACAGUAGGGACCGCAUAUGAAAUGAAAAUUCUAUUUCAUGAAUGUAAAUGGUCUUAUGACCAUAACUAGAUUGGGAGGAAGCAGGCCUGCGAGUGUGACUGACCAACGACGGACGGUAGGAAGGGAAGCGCAUUGGCAACGGUGGCCGCAUUCGAAAGGCCGUCGGCGGCGAUUUCACUUUCCUCCGGAAUCACUCAUUUGUUCCGCAUUUUGACGCCGACCCAUUUUAUUCCCUUUCAAUCUCACUCAAACCCUACCCACCAUUUUCCUUUCCCUUUGUCUUCCAUGUUUUAGGGUUCUCUCCUUUCCUUCUCACUUUCUCUUUCUCCUCACCAGUAGCUGCAGCAAUGGCAGAUCUCCACCCCAAAUCGGACAUUUUCUUCGUCGAGAUUUUCUUGUGCAGCGCGUUUGCUGCUUGUUUUGCCGAGUGCUGUACAAUUCCAUUAGAUACUGCUAAAGUGAGGCUCCAGCUGCAGCGUCAGACUGCUCCUGCUGGGGAUGGAGGAACAAGUGGUGUACCUAAAUACACAGGUCUGUUGGGCACCAUGGUUACGAUUGCACAGGAAGAAGGUUUAUCAGCACUCUGGAAAGGGGUUACUGCCGGACUGCAUCGGCAGUUUAUCUAUGGAGGCUUAAGGAUCGGAUUAUAUGGACCCGUGAAAUUUUUUCUGACUGGCACUAGUGGAGUUAUCCCCCUAUACCAGAAAAUACUUGCAGCUUUGAUAACAGGGGCAGUAGCUAUUAUUGUAGCCAAUCCCACAGAUCUCGUGAAAGUCAGGCUUCAAGCUGAAGGGAAACUACCACCUGGUGUACCUAAGAGGUAUGAUGGAGCAUUGGAUGCUUAUCGUACUAUAGUGAAGCAGGAGGGACUAACUGCCCUUUGGACUGGACUGGACUGGGGCCGAACAUAGCAAGAAAUGCCAUCAUAAAUGCUGCUGAACUUGCCAGUUAUGAUGAAGUGAAGCAGGUCAGUGAUUCAUGACUCUACCUUCAUAACCUGGACUGCUUGUUUGAAUUUAUGGUUAUGGACAUGGACGCAUACCGUAUUAGAACAAUGAUUCCUUGAUCUCUUUUAUACUCAUGCAGACAAUUUUGCGAAUUCCAGGGAUCAGGGACGGUGUUCUUACUCAUAUUCUUGCUGGCCUAGGUGCUGGUUUCUUUGCUGUGAGCAUAGGUUCACCCAUUGAUGUGGUAUGUAUCAUUCGCCUUGUUUUGGCUCUAGGCAUAUCUAUCUAACUAUGAGUUUCUUAAAUUCUAAGCUCUUUUUUCUUUUUCUUUGUUGUUUUUUGCUUGCUUUCUCCCGUUUUUUGUUGGUUCGGCUAGGGUCUUUUGAACCAUCCUUUCUCCUCUCUGCGAUUUGUUCUUUAUUUUUCUCCUUUAUCAAUAAAAUACAUUCGCCUUUAUAAAAAAACGUCUAACAUAGGCCAACCAACCACUAGACUCCAUUUUGGUUGAAUAAUACCCCUAAAGGAGAAGUAGAAGUAACUUUUAUUUUCACAGUAACAUUUUAGUUCUGAUACUUAAAGGUGAAGGAUCACUUCUUAGUCUCAUCGUGGAACAUGCGGUCCUCAGAAGUUCACUUAGGCUUUAUAAUUUUGGUGUCUCCAUAUGUGCCUUUAUCAUGAUUAACAUUACGAUCAAUGCCUGAGAGCUUACUGUGGCAGCAGAACACGUAUUGGAAUGGUCCAGCACUGCUGCUCAAACUAUAAACUUGUCUAGGAACUAGGGAGGAAUGCCCAUUGGAGAAAAUAUCAAUUGGCAAUACUGAUCUCUUGAAGUUGUUUAUUGAAACAAACAAACAAACAGUGAAGCUGAAAUUUUGGUUGCUUUCAGAUCUGUUAAGUAUGUUGUAACGCCUAUAAUUGUGUCAGGUGAAAUCGAGAAUGAUGGGAGACUCUUCGUACAAUAGUACUGUAGAUUGUUUCAUCAAGACCAUUCAGAAUGAGGUGAUUGUUCCAUAUUAAAUAUCCCCAAGUGAUUUUUGCUUUCAAAUGUUAUGAUAUGGACGUAGUCCUUUUGUUGCAGUUGAAUGACUCACUGGAGUAUUAUUUAUUUUGUUGCAGGGGAUUUUUGCCUUGUACAAAGGGUUCUUUCCCAAUUUUGGCCGGCUAGGAUCUUGGAAUGUUAUAAUGUUCUUGACGCUGGAGCAAGUAAGUUGGAUUACAAGGGCAAUGAACCAACCACACAAUCUUCUAUAUUUCAACCCCUGAACUGCUUUGCUGCCAUUUGCUUUUCAUGUGGAUUCAGGUGAAGAAAAUAUUCACCAGGGAAGUAUAUUACGAUUGAGCACGACAAGGUGGUAAGUCUUUGGCAAUUAUGGAAGAAGUCGUUACUACUUCUUUGCCAGUAGAUUAAAGUUUCAAAUUAUUGAUAUCAGCUCAUUUUGAUGGGAGCGAAAUAACACAUCCUACAGGCGAGAGAUGACACCGCUGUCGCUGCAGAGUAGAUGUUGUAGUAUAUUUGUUUACCUCUGUAUCAUUUAGGUAUUGUGCUCUCAUUUCUACCAAAUUCAAUCCGAUUGUUCCAUUCAGAAUCUUGCAUGUAAAACAAACCAGACCCAGGUCCUAUUUGGAUAUGGAUACCCAAGAAACGACGUGGCAAUUGUAGUCUUGAUCAUAUCCUUCCACGCUGCAAUCAGCAACAUCAAAUUCAAACAAUUAGCGCCUCAUAACUUGCAGAUAUGGCACUCGACCCAAGCUUAUUAUGUUCUGGGUACCAGAUAAACCCUGGCCUUGACA